GUAGCAAAAAUCUUAAGGCAGAGCUUUCAAAAUGGCUGCCACCACAACAUUUUAGUAUUUCACAACAGUUUCACUUUCGAAUCGAUUGCGAACACGUUUUCUGUCACUCUCCUUUUCUUGUAUUUCAUUGUGUUUGGUCCUUCACUAGCUCUUGUUGAGGAGUAGCGGAAUCGAGGACGAUGCCGAGAAAAUGUGGAAGCUGCGGUGUUAAAAAUGCCAUUUUAAAGAGGCCGAAAACGGGCGACGCGCUGUGCAAAGAGUGCUUCUACUGGGCGUUCGAGGAGGAGAUUCACCAUACGGUCCUGCAGGCCAAGCUCUUCUCUCCUGGCGAGACCGUCGCCAUCGGGGCAUCCGGGGGCAAAGAUUCCACGGUGCUGGCCCACACGAUGAAAGUUCUGAACGAGCGACACAACUACGGGCUGAAGCUGAUUCUGUUGUCUGUGGACGAGGGUAUCACAGGAUACAGGGACGACUCUUUGGAGACGGUGAAGCGCAACCAGCAGCAGUAUGACCUCCCUCUCACCAUCGUCUCUUAUGAGGAGCUCUAUGGCUGGACCAUGGAUGCCAUCGUCAAACAGAUAGGCCUCAAGAAUAACUGUACUUUUUGCGGAGUGUUCAGGAGACAGGCUUUGGACAGGGGGGCAAUGAUGCUGGGAGCUGACAAGAUUGUUACAGGUCACAAUGCAGAUGACAUCGCUGAAACUGUCAUCAUGAACGUUCUGAGGGGAGACAUCGCCAGGUUGCGUCGUUGUACCGCCAUCACAACUGGAACAGAUGGUUACCUUCCCAGGUGCAAGCCUUUCAAGUACACGUACGAGAAGGAGAUAGUGAUGUACGCUUACUUCAAGAAGCUGGACUACUUCUCCACAGAAUGUAUCUACUCUCCUAAUGCAUACAGAGGUUUUGCCCGAGCAUACAUCAAGGACUUGGAAAAGAUCAGGCCUAGCGCCAUCAUUGACAUCAUCCACAGUGGAGAGAGUAUGCAGGUGAAGAAGGAAGUGCGCAUGCCCACACAGACGACGUGUACUCGUUGCCACUACAUCUCCAGCAAUGAGGUGUGUAAAGCCUGUGUCAUGCUGGAGGGGCUCAACAAGGGACGACCUAGACUUGGCAUUGGCAAAAUUCACAAAGAGAGAAGGAAGUGGGACGAAGAAUUGGCAGCUCAGGGAAAGCUACAGACGGUGGAUGGAGGAGGUACGGACAGUGGGAAUGUGCAAGUUGCUGAUGGAGAGACAGAAAGUAGCGCUGGGAACGAACAAAGGACAUGUUCAGGUGUCUGCUCAGGAGUGUGCUAGUGGAAAGACUGUCGGAAUUUUGUGAUGAACUAAA